UCUGAGCGAGAGAGAGGGAGAGACUGUGUAUCGUGCUCGACCCCAUUGUUUGUCUGAUAACCAUUCGAAAGUACCUUUGACACCCUCGGCCGAGUAGUGCCUGCCAUGUGAACCGUGGACGGAAUCGCGAUGGAUAACGCGUUGAACGAGUAGAACGUUUUGAUAUGAACGCUGCUGGCCUGGCCACCGGGUGCAGCACGGUGCAACGAUGCAGGAACCAAAGCAGGAUGAACGAGCUGUGAGCUCGAGCAAGUCGGAAACCGUCAACAUGUCCGAGAAACGGAUCUCGUUGGGUAUUAACAUCAGCAUUCUCGUGAUACUGACCAUCUUCGGUGUGUUGCUUUCGUUACCGUUGAAAUUGCUGUUGACCACGAACUACUACAAUAGAAACGAGACUAUCGAUAAGAACAGCACGGUGGAAGUAACAAGGGACCUGUCCAGCGAGGUGGCCAAGGUCCCAGUUCCGACUGACCAUCGAAAACUGAGACGUUGCCCCAGGUUCGGUUACGAGGACAGGUUGAAGUCGGUCUACCGUAGUGAUUACGAUGGCAAUUGCACGUACACGAAUGAGCAACCUAGCACGGAUCCUGGGGUGAAGGACGGAGAGGAUAAGAGCCUGGCUGUUAGCGAGGGGAAGAACGAAACGUCGGAGACGUUGAAGGAGGUCCUUGCCGAGAAUGGGGCGGAAAAAGCGGAAGAAAGUGGGAAAGAAUGUCGAACGAAAUCGGUCCCGGUCGCCGGACACAUUCUCGUGACGAUGCUUGUCAUUUCAGCAAUAGCUGCUUUCGUUGAAGUGUUGCGAAUACGUUUCGCUAGAGAUAAGGACUCGUCUAAGGCAGGUAGUAUCACCUCAAGAAAAACGUCCAUGGUCGAGCUUCCCAUUCAAAGGCGGUUCCUACCGAGGUACCCAAUCAAGAGCCAGAGGUCUUUUGAAAUGAAUCGAUCAGCUUUACGCCUAUUAGGUGCAAGGCCGCCGCCACUUAUUCGUCGAUCAUCAUUCCCAACGCAACCGUCUAAGCAAAGCCCUGGCUCGGUCAGUGGUACACCGAAUAAUCGGAUAUCGAGACGCCAGUCAGCCGAGUCCGACGAAGAGAUCGGAGUUCUCAUUAGCGCUCUUCGUCAUCGUACACGCCUGCUUCGAAGGCAUUAAAGGUAAUGAUGUAGCGAUGAGAAGAUAUAACGAAAAAGCCAAAAUGGUACCAGUUUCUUACGAUCGGUAUAUUAUCUGUGAUUGGUACGAGAUUGCAUUUAUUUUACCAAGCUUCAACUUCGAGAUUAGGGAAUUAAUUUAUCAUUUGUAGCGAUACGAUUCGAGGGCAGAUAAACCUUCAAAUUUUCUGACAAUGAGUGUUCACAUUUUGAAAACAGUUUGAUGAUCCGAUGAAGAAAUAGAUUGGGACGGUUUCAAAUCCAUAUUGAUAUAUUAAA